UUUUACACGCCAUUUUCAUUUUCAUAUCAAAGCAAACUGCUUAUCCUUCUUUCUUUCAUUCCUCUGUUUCAUUUCAAUUAAAUCCUCUGUUUAAUUUCCACAUUCCUCUGUUUUUUUUAUCAAAUUACUAUAAUUAUUUUAACCAAUUUAUAAAUUUAAACAAAAGCGCCCUUUUAUUGUAUUUUCCAAAGAAAUUCCCCCAAAAAAUGAAGGAAAUUCAAGGAAACCCACUUCACCUAAAAUCUCUCAACCAUAUUUCUCUUCUUUGUCGAUCAGUUGAAGAAUCUAUUAGUUUUUAUCAAGAUGUUCUUGGGUUUCUCCCAAUUAGAAGACCCGGUUCUUUUGAUUUUGAUGGAGCAUGGCUGUUUGGAUAUGGCAUUGGGAUACACUUAUUACAGGCGGCUGAUCCAGAGCAAUUGCCGAAAAAAACAGAAAUAAACCCUAAGGAUAAUCACAUUUCUUUUCAGUGUGAAAGCAUGGGAGCGGUAGAGAAGAUGUUGAAAGAGAUGGGAAUAAAGCAUGUAAGAGCGAGAGUUGAAGAAGGUGGAAUCUACGUAGAUCAACUCUUCUUCCACGACCCAGAUGGUUUCAUGAUCGAGAUUUGCAACUGCGACAACCUUCCGGUGAUUCCACUUGCCGGAGAGAUGGCAAGGUCGUGCUCCCUCGUUAAUUUCGAGAUCUUGCAGCAACAACAACAGAACAUUACCCCUAUGGUUCAACAAUAGGGUUUUUAUUGGGGCUAAAGAGUGCACACAUUAAUAAAACUAAAGUUGAUUCGAUCUAAUUUUAGAUUGAAGAUGAAUGCUUUAAAAAAAAUGAAACCAUUUUGGUUAAAAUUACUACAUCCAAGUAAGAAUUAUGUGUAAUGUAUAUUAUAUAGUUUUUCACAAAACUAUUUUAGAGUUUUUUUUUUCUU